AGCAGUUGUUGCGGUGAGUUCUUCUGGAGUAUGGAUUGUAUCGACUUCCAUCCUGGCUCUCUCACCGCCGUAGUCGCUGCGAUUCCCCAGGGUCAGGGCGAAGUCCCUCUCCUGCUGGCGCACGCCCAUUUCUGAACAAUGUUGAUGCCCAAGAAGAACCGUAUUGCUAUUUAUGAACUCCUUUUUAAGGAGGGAGUGAUGGUGGCCAAGAAGGAUGUGCACAUGCCUAAACACCCUGAGCUGGCAGACAAGAACGUGCCUAAUCUUCAUGUCAUGAAGGCCAUGCAGUCUCUCAAAUCACGAGGCUACGUGAAGGAACAGUUUGCCUGGAGACAUUUCUACUGGUACCUUACCAACGAGGGCAUCCAGUAUCUCCGUGAUUACCUCCACCUGCCCCCUGAGAUUGUGCCUGCCACUUUGCGCCGCAGCCGGCCUGAGACUGGCAGGCCAAGGCCCAAAGGUCUGGAGGGCGAGCGACCUGCGAGACUGACACGAGGGGAAGCUGACAGAGACACUUACAGACGGAGUGCUGUGCCCCCUGGUGCCGACAAGAAAGCUGAGGCCGGGGCUGGGUCAGCAACUGAAUUCCAGUUUAGAGGCGGAUUUGGUCGUGGACGUGGUCAACCACCUCAGUAAAGUUGGAGGGAUUAUUUUGUGUUGAAUAAACUUGUGGUCAGAAAAUAA